CAAAGAAACUAAUGCCUGAGUCUGUCAGCGAAUCAUCCGGAAACGAUGCGUUGCUGUCUGAUAAUGCUUCCAUUUUUGAAGAGUCGAGUCAAGUUGACGAAGAAUAUCCCUUCGUGACAGAUUUUCUGGACAUCUCUUACCUUGCAGGACGUGUUGCAGUGCUGCAGAAAAAGUACAAAGAAAAGGCUUUCGAGAUUAAACGUAAUGUCAUACGCCAAAAACAGCGCUUAGAACCAUUAAAAAACCAUUUUAAUAGAGAGACAGACCGUUUUAAGAGAAAGUAUAAUGAUUCCAUUGAUAAACUUCAGGAUAAAUGGAAAUCUGGUCGGGUUGUUCGAUUCAGAGACAAGGUUUCUUUUGCAUUGGGAGUUGGAACAAUUGUACUUACAGCGCUUCUUGUUGGAAUGAGCCCCGAACGACUGUAUAUUCUGUAUACUUUGCUACUGUUCAUUUUCUUGCCCUUAAGAUUAUUUUCCUAUCGAAAAAAGGGUUAUCAGUACUUUGUAGCUGACUUUUGUUACUGGGGAAACUUUUUCCUGGCCUUUUAUAUUUGGAUGUUCCCAAAUAGCGAAAGAAUGUUUAUUCUUUGCUACGCCAUUAGCUAUGGAACUCUGGCGUGGUCAGUUGUUGCUUGGAAAAACUCACUGGUAUUUCAUUCACUAGACAAGAUUACUAGCUUGUUUAUACAUUUUUUCCCGCCUCUCUUAUUGCAUUGUUUGGUUCAUCUCAGCUCAAAAGAAUUCUUGAAGCAAAGAUUUCCCAGUAUCGUGAAUUUGGAUCAUAUCAGUAUAAAGAGUUCUUUCAAACUAGCAACAAUUUCUUAUGCCAUUUGGCAAAUUUGGUAUUACUUUUUUAUUCAAGUCGGCAAGCGAGAUGAAAUUGCUGCGGGAAAGCCCACAUCUUUUACAUGGCUGAAGAAGGCUUAUGCUAAUACCGGAAUUGGAAUUGCCGUCUCAUAUCUCCCUGAAAGUUUUCAUCCGUUUGCCUUUAUGUUGAUUCAAUACUUGUAUUCGGUUAUUACCAUUGCACCGUGUGCUAUUUGGUUCCGAAGUCGGCUUUAUUCAACGUUGUUUAUUACGUUCAUUUUCUCGUCUUCCGUCUGGAAUGGCGCAUCGUAUUACGUUGAUGUUUUUGGACGCAAGUUUCAGAAGGAAUUGGAAGCUCUUCGGCAAGAGCUUUUAGAAGAUGAAAAGCCUACUGCUACUGCUUCCUCGCCGGAAUUGUCCACAAAUAACGAAUAACGAAAGUCUGGUAUUUUUCCAAUUUACGUCUCUAUAUCCGUUCAUUUCAUAUCUAAAUGCUAUCUAAUAAAAAUGAAUAAAAAAGACAAUAAUUUAUAAGCUUUUAAUAGAAUUGAUUCACCGA